AUGUCAUCCCAUAAGAAGAGAAGGGGCAUGUCUAUUUCAGAGACUAUAGCUAAUAUGAACCAGGGCAAUUCAAACGAUCUCUCAGGUCGAAACUAUGUGUUUGGAAGUUUCAAACAUUCUCAAUUAUCUAAUCUGAUGGCCCAAGAUGGAAGUGAAUCCAUGCACUAUUCCAACUCACCUGCUGUUCAUUCCACUAUCAGUGUUAAUGAAGAGACUGCUACACUGGCAGGUGUAGGUGUGCUUGAAGGUCCGGAUGAUGAGAAUGUCGUGUUUGAGGAUGAGCAUUCAAGUUAUGAACCCGUUUCUUUCCAAGAGGAGCAUUAUCAGAACCUGCAUGAAGAUUUUUUGAACGACUCAAGUUCUCUAUUGCAUGACCCUCAUAGAAGUUAUUCUACUAUCGGUGAGAUUGAAGAGAUGCUUCCAGAUGAGGCGAAUGACACUGAUUUAGAGAACCAGGCACAAAAACAUGGACAUAAUCCUUCGUUAUCUCGUUUCUCCAAGCUGAUCCGUGAUGCUUCCAUGUUGGACACACACACUGUGAUAAAUCACUGUGUCACCAAACCAAUUAGUUAUUUGCCAGCGGUUUUCCUUGGAACUCUAUUGAACAUUUUGGACGCUUUGUCCUACGGAAUGAUCAUGUUUCCUAUUGGAGAACAAAUAUUUAGCGGCAUGGGCGCAGCCGGUAUUUCUAUGUUUUAUUUGUCAUGUGUUGUGAGUCAACUAGUAUACUCAUUGGGGGGCUCGGGUUUCAGUUCUGGUAUUGGCUCUGAAAUGAUCGAAGCUACUCCGUUCUUCCAUUCCAUGGCUAUGAGUGUCUUAAAACAGCUAAAGGGAAGAGAAGACUCUGUCAUACCAACGACUAUUGUGGCCUUUGCUGUGAGUUCAGUUGUUACGGGUCUGGUGUUUUUCUUACUAGGAAAAUGCAGAUUGGGCUCUUUAGUUGGUUUUUUCCCCAGACACAUUUUAGUGGGUUGCAUAGGUGGUGUCGGUUACUUCCUGACGGUCACCGGAAUAGAGGUUUCUUCUAGAAUAGAGGGUGGAAUUGAGUAUUCGUUGCCGGUUUUCCAUUAUCUAACGCAGCCACUGGUCUUUCUACAGUGGAGCAUUCCUUGGGCUUUGGCAAUCAUUUUGGUGAUAGUACAGCAUUUCAAUCAUAACGCCCUUAUUGUUCCUCUUUAUUUUAUACUGGUCUUCGUUGGAUUCCACGCCAUAGUUUCUCUGGUGCCAUCUUGGUCACUUGAACAGGCUAGACAAUAUGGAUGGGUAUUUGAAUCUCCUCCUUCUAAUGAACCAUGGUACGGAUUUUACAAGUACUACGAUUUUUCAUUAGUGGAUUGGAUGAUUGUGAUGAAGGAGUUCCCUAUAAUGCUUGCACUUACCUUCUUUGGUAUUUUGCAUGUUCCUAUCAACGUGCCAGCGCUUGCUGUGUCAGUGGGAAUGGACCAAUUUGACGUAGACAGGGAGUUAGUGGCGCAUGGUGUAUCCAACGUUGUAAGUGGGUUAAUCGGUUCCAUCCAAAACUAUUUGGUGUAUACAAACUCUGUCCUCUUCUUCAGAGCAGGGGCUGAUUCAAGGUUAUCAGGUGUCAUGUUGGCUGCGGCAACUGCAGGUGUUAUGUUUGCCGGACCUGUUGUCAUUGGAUAUAUCCCGGUAUGUGUUGUUGGAGCUCUUAUUUACCUAUUGGGGUAUGAGUUACUAAAGGAGGCUCUUUAUGACACUCGUGGACGCUUGGCCAGAUUUGAAUACUUGACCAUCGUUGUUAUCGUUGUCACCAUGGGAGCUUGGGACUUUGUUUACGGUAUCCUUGUGGGUAUCUUAUUGGCAUGUCUAUCAUUUGUAGUACAAGCCGCUAGAAGACCAAUUAUUUCAGGAGUUUUUACAGGAGAGUAUGCUAGAUCAAUUGUUUUACGUCAUCCUAAACAGCAGGCAUUCUUACAAGAUGUUGGAAACCAAAUUUAUGUCCUUAAACUUGGUGGCUCUCUGUUUUUUGGCUCUAUAGGGGGAUUGGAGAAGAAGAUCAGAUAUAGAUUUCAAGAACCCAUUUUCUCCAGGGAACCAAUUCGUUAUCUUAUCUUAGAUCUCAACAAUGUAUUCUCAUUGGAUUUUUCUGCCGUGGAAGGCUUGAGAAGAAUUAGGAAUCUAAUGAUGGAGAAAAACUGUUUCUUGUUAAUUUCUUCAGUGAGCUCUACUGGCCCAACUGUUAACGCUCUUCGUGAUGCCGGAUUAUGGGAACUUCCAGAACAUGAAGAGAAAAUCCAACUGUUUAAUACUUUAAAUUCGGCGCUUGAAUGGUGUGAGAACAUGUUUUUGAAGACUUACUCAGAUAUUAAGAGCAGAACGAUCAACUCAAGGGGCAAGUCAAUCACAAAGCCAACACCUGCUCAAAAGCUUACUAGUGCUUAUGAUAGAGGGGUUGUAUCUUCGCCUAGAGAGUCUCAUAUUUUCAACGCUGCGACAAGACAAGUUCAUGAGGAGGUCAUAUCAUCAGGCGGAAUUCUUACAAGGGGUAACAUCCCAUUGAACCUAUUUAUGGCAACGUUUCAAGGUCUUUCUAAGCUAGAUGAAAGUGAAUUUGCCAAGAUUAUUCCUUUCUUUGAACGAGAAGUCUUACCUUUGAAAAAAGCUUUCCACAACUCUGCCAAAGACCCUCCGUGUUUCUAUAUUGUAGAGAGCGGACAAGUCACAAUUGAUUAUACAUUCCCACAUACCGGUUUUAAACUAUCUACUAGUGCAUUGCCGUUGACCGCAUUUGGUAAUGUCGCUGUUCACAUUUGGUCGCAUCGAAACACGGUAUACUCUUCAUCCAGCACGACCGAGACUAUUGUGUGGAAGCUGGUUCAUGCGAACGCCGUUCAAAUGCAAAAGAAACAGCCCAAACUCUACAACGAGUUACUGAAUAUUUCCAUCAGGUUAUUAAGUGAACGUUUUGACAGCAUUACCAGUAAUCUAUUGGUAGCUUCAUAA